AUGGCCUCCACAGAACGCGCCCUGCCUACCAGAACGGCCACCAACAUGACCGACGACGAUGCCAUCCCUGACGAGGACACCUCGGAGGUCACCAAGCUUUUCCACGAGCGUCUGCAAGCAUGGAAGCACGCAUGUGGCUACCUCGAGGACUAUGUCUCGGCCACUGAGAAGAUGCAACAUGCCCACGCCAAGGAGUACGAGAAGGUGCUCAAGACCGUAUCGCACCCCCUCAAGGAAGGCCACCACUUCGAUCAAAACCUCGGUGGUGUCGCCGGCACUUUUGACACCAUCCGCAGCAACACUCAGCAGGGUAUCUCCAACUCGCAUGCCGAAACAGCAAAGACCCUCAAGGGCUCUGUCCUUCCCAUCUUCGAACGUCUCCACACCGAGAUCAAGAACAAGACCAAGGAGCUCACAAAGGGUGCUGGAAAGGGAGGCAAGCUUGUCGACAAGGCCCGCCAAACCUCUCAGAAGCACAUUGAGCAGCUUGGUCAGCACACAGCUGCCUUUGAAAGCACCGGAGGCAAGAUCAGUGCUCACGAAGAUCCCUACGUCCUUCAGCGCGGUGUCUACCACCGCUUGAACAAGCAGAUCAUCGAGGAGAAUAACAAUCGAAACGAUAUCAUCGCGGUCCAGAACAGCUUCGCCCAGUUUGAAGCCCACAUUCUUACCACCAUCCAGAAUGGUUUGACCCAGUUCAACCAGGUUGUCGGUAUUCAGGCCGAGCAGACCCGUACAAUGUAUGGAAACAUGACCAGCACUGCUACUCAGGUCGCACCAGACUUCGAGUGGAACGGUUUCGUCCAGCGCAACAACCAGGUCUUGAUCGACCCCAACGCUCCUCCACGCAGCAUGUCCAACAUCAGCUUCCCCAACCAGAACCACAGAUCCACUGAGCCGCUGGUCGCUGGCAGUCUGGAGAAGAAGGGAAAGCUCUUGAAGAAGUACGAAGCUAGCUUUUGGGUCAUUACUCCCGCCAAGUACAUGCACGAGUACAAAACGGACGACGACUUUGCAAAGGACCCCGUUCCCGAGACUUCUCUCUACCUGCCCGACUGCAUGAUUGGAGCUCUCGAUGGACAGAAGUUCAUGGUCAAAGGUAAGGACGUGAGCGGCAGCAGCUUUGGCAACAAGCUCUCUAUGGCACACGAGUACGCUUUCAAGGCACACACUCCUCAAGACGCUGCCAAAUGGUACGAGGCUCUGAGAGGAACAUCUGGCUCGCAGACCAACGAGCUUUCUUCUACUAGCCCUGCUACCUCCAGACAGCCUAGUGCUGCCAUGGGACCCGUCUCAACUGAGGAGCCCACAAAGGUCUUUGCAGAGGAAGACACACGUCCUCAAACCACCGAGACUGCCGCUCUCGAUGCUGAGAAGAGGGAAGCCGCCUAUGCCGCAGCGGGCCCCACUGAUACUGUGGCUCACACCAGAGUGUAA